AUGCCUCUGCAACGAGCUGUUACCGGCAUGCUAAAAACUAUUGACCGAGGUCACAGAACUUAUGACAGCCGCGACCGCGACCGCACCCGCGACCGCGACAGCGACCGCCGCCGCCGCGAGUCGCCGCGGCGGGACGGGCGCGGCGACCGCCGGGACGAGCGGCCCGACAGGUGCGAUUUGUCUCCUCAGGCUGACAGUCGUGACCGCAGGCCCGACCGCGACCGCAGGCCUGACCGCAAGGAGCGCGGCGAGUCGCGUAAAGACAAGGAGCGUGAGAGACGCUCGCCGCGUAAAGACAGAUGCGACAAGAACGGCCCUCGCAGUGGCCGGCGCGGGUUGUUAGGCGAGCGGCCGCCGGCGCUGAUGGAGCUGCGGCCCUUCGGCGGCGAGCCACCGCCGGUCGAGCGCCGGCCCCACGACGCGAGGGACGCGGCCUCGCCCAGGUUCGUGGACCGCGACCGCCGCGACAGAGACCGCGAGCGAGACAGAGACAGGCACGGCCGCCGCUCCGAGGAGUCGCGGUCCCACAGGCAUCCUGACAGACGCGAGCGGUCCCGGUCUAGAGAGCGCUCCCGCGGCGCGGCUUUUCCGCCACCAUCUACCUCCAGCAGUGGGGAGAGGCGAGGUUCCCCGCCGUCUGGCGAUUACCGCCCGUCAUCGUACAAAGUCAACAAGAAAUUAGAAGUUAUGGAAAAAAUGGGUAAGUUAUUUUCAAAUGCAUGUCUCUUUAAUGUUGUGUGCCGUUGGUUUGCUAUCCUUAUUAUAGUUUCGUCAUAUCACCGUGUGCCAAUAA